UCUUAACCUUUUCAUCUUCUAUGUCCUACCUAGUUUUGACCCAAUCACCGGACUGGUCUUGACAGUAAGUGUGGGAACACUUCCAGGGAUAUUGAAUAUUCUCCGACCUGUUGGAUGUCGAUGUGAUGAUGGUGGUUGUCAGGGCAGUUGCAUCAACAAGAAGUGUUUUAUACGAAUCUUGAACACGUUCAUGUUUCUCUUGCAUGUGGCAGCCAUGGCUUGUCUCACCUUCCGGGUCUACGUGGUGAGAGGGGCAGUUUUGCUAACGUGUCUCGUACCCAUCUCACUCUUUCUCAUCUCCAUCUCAUACUGGGACAAUUUUGUUCCAAAGCUGCGCCCAAACCAUGACCAAAAUACAACCAGGAAUGCUGAACAGGGAGCGAACAGGGACAGAAGUGUUGAUACAAAAUCCAGCUAUUCUAGCACUCAAGCUUCAAGCCCCUGUUCUUUAAGCUGGGUAAAGACAGAGGUGGGAAAACGGGCUUCAAAAGCAAAUUUGUGUAUUUCUAUCUGUAAAAUCUGUGUCACGCUUGGGCUGGCGGCAGUUUGCUUCAACCAUGGCAACACUGACUGUUGGAGAACAUUUUUCUUUGUCCGUGCUCAAGGGAACAGAUGUAGCUUCAAUGCUGAUGUGACUCUUCUGAACAAGCCCCUCACUCUCCUUGGAUAGUUGCAAGUGUGAGUGUGGUAUCAAGCGCCGUGUGCUACAAGAUAUCGAAGUACGCCUGCAAAAUACAAGCUCAACAACUGUGCUUCGCUCUUCCAUUAAUACUGUCGUUCCUAUCAACUCUCUGUAUCCUUGGAUACGCUGCUCUGAAAGCGGAGUAUGUGAACGGAGUCAUAGGAGCAACAGUGAUAGAAACAUAUUUCCAUGCCAGUGAUGUACUUACUUUAUUGACAUCGUAUACUUAUGUAUACUGGAUUCCUAUUGGAGCUGCUUCUAUGGUAUAUCUCAUGUUCGGUGUAGGAUUCCAUAUCUGGAUUCCAAGGUGCAACAGGAUGAGCCCUACGUGGAGGUUGUUCCAGAAGCCCCUAUACUGUGGAGUGUUGCUUGAUUUAUCGUUGAUUCUCAACCGGAACAGGGAAGAGCAGUGGGCUCAACCACAGCAGCAAGCCACGUCUAUCUACACCCCGAUGAUACACCUGUGUGCCACCAUGUGGCAGGAGGAACUGAGGGAAAUGGUUCAACUGAUCAAGUCCAUGUUGAGGCUAGAUAUACACCAGUCCAACUUUCGUGCAAGUAGGGCUUUUGGAAUUGAGUCCAAAGACAACUAUAACUUUGACGAGAGGUGUUCCCGGAGGGGAGAAAUAGAACUAGAUUGUCCCAAGAAAGUAAAAACUCCUUAUGGGGGAAAACUAGAAUAUGCUUUGCCAAAUGAUAACAAGCUCAUGGUACAUCUCAAAGACAGUUCUAAAAUUCGUCGUAAAAAGAGAUGGAGUCAAGUGAUGUACAUGUACUACUUCCUGAAGCAUGGCAUCACAGACAAUUCCAACUAUGAGACCAAAGAAGCGGUUGAGGAGAAGGCUCAGAACACCUUCCUGUUGGCCCUUGACGGAGAUGUGGACUUCCAGCCUGAUGCUCUUCGUAUUCUCCUGGACAGGAUGAAGGCCAACCCCUAUAUAGGCGCUGUUUGUGGCAGGAUUCACCCCGUAGGGUCUGGUCCUAUGGUGUGGUACCAGAGGUUUGAGUAUGCAGUGAGUCACUGGCUCCAGAAGGCCUCCGAGAACAUGCUGGGGUGUGUCUUGUGCAGCCCCGGAUGUUUCAGCCUCUUUCGGGGUUCUGCACUCAUGGAUGCCAACGUGAUGAGGGCGUAUACCAAGACGGUGUCGGAGGCCGCAGAGAAGAUACAGUAUGACUUGGGUGAGUUGGUUUGUGACGAUGACGUCACGCUUUUGUUGCUGCAGUUGAGUCUGAGCCAGGAAUUCACUGAUCUUUCUGAACUUGUAGUUUAA